CAUUCUUCAUUGACUGACAUCGAGCUGGAUGAGCCACCUCACCUCCGCCAGACAACAAGACAGAUGGACGAGAUAGACAGCAUGUUCAUCAACCUCCUGGGAGAGAUAGAUGUUCUCAAAGAGAGUCUGGAGACGCCGGAAACUUCUCAACUAGAACGGGACUCAGAGACAGACCACUUCUCCUUUGGCUUCUCAAACCUAAGAGAGUCUCUGAACCAGCUGGAAGAGCAGGACCUGGACAACCUAGUGGCGAACCUGAGCCUGGAUCGGACCACGACCACAGAGCUGACCACCGACCUUACCGCGACCACAGACCUGACCACCGACCUUACCGCGACCACAGACCUGACCACCGACCUUACCACGACCACAGACCUGACCACCGACCUUACCGCGACCACAGACCUGACCACAGACCUUACUGUGACCACAGACCUGACCACAGACCUUACUGUGACCACAGACCUGACCACAGACCUUACCGCGACCACAGAGCUGACCACCGACCUUACUGUGACCACAGACCUGACCACAGACCUUACUGUGACCACAGACCUGACCACCGACCUGACCACAGACCUUACCACGACCACAGAGCUGACCCUGCUGGACCGGACUCCGACCUCAGGUCUGACUACAAACCUGACCCUGGACCCGACCCCGACCUCAGGUCUGAUCCAAUACCCGACCACAGACCUGACCCCAGUUCAGAAGCACAUCCCACAUCAGAACCUUGUGCCAGAUCAACAGUUCCUACCGAUCACCCCCUCCAUCUCCCCUAGCGGCACUACCCCCAACGGCAGCCCGUCCCAGGGCCCUGUGGCGGUCCCAGGCCCACUCUGCCUUGGGUCUCCUCUCACACAGCCCCACACGAGUCCAGUCCAGUUGAAGGCAGACAAGGUCAGACUGGCACUGGAGAAACUCAAAGAGGCUAGGAUUAAGAAGCGGAUCGUCAAGGUGCUAAUGUGCGACGGCAGCUUCAAAAUGCUGCUGGUGGACGAGAGGCAGAGCGUGGGCGGGGUGCUGGAUGUCCUGAUGGAGAAGACCCACUGCGACCGCGCCCUGGACUGGAGCCUGUGUGAGAGCAACCCGGAGCUGCAGACCGAGAGGAUCUUCGAGGACCAUGAGCCGUUAGUAGAGAGGUUGAGUUUGUGGGGCCGCAGCAGUAAGAACACCAUCACUUUUGUCUCCAGGCCUGAGAAAUACUCCCUCUUCAAAGACCCCCAGGUUUUCUACAUGUGGAGAAACUGCAGUGAUGCGCUGGGCAACACUAAAGAAAAAGACAAACAGCUUCUACUGAAGGAGAACUUCGAAGGGGACUCUGUGAGGGUCCCCGACCUGGAGGGGGUACUGUACCAGAAGGAGAGCGGCAAGAGGAAGUGGAAUCAGCGCUUCUUCCUGCUCAGGGCCUCUGGCAUCUACUAUAUACCUAAGGGCAAGAACAAGUCAUCGAUCCACCUCAGCUGCCUGGUCAGAUUUGAAAAUGUGAACAUCUACCGGGCAAGCGGCUACAAACAGAGAUACAGAGCCCCCACUGACUUCUGCUUCGUCCUGAAGCACCCCCACCUCCAGCAGGAGUCAGAGUACACCAAGGUGCUGUGUUGUGAGGACAAACACACCCUCUCCCUCUGGAUCUGCUCAGUCAGAGUGGCCAAGUAUGGAGCCGCCCUGUAUAAGAACUUCCAGGCCGGGGUCCAGCGCUCCGUCACUCAGGCGGCCCCCCUCCACCUCCUCCACCGCACGCCUGGCGCUCCACCGGCCACCCCCUGUGCGGUCCGCAGUGGUACGACCCCAGCUCCAGCUGGCAGUACUGCAGUACUCUCUGGAGGGAGCACUGUCUGUGGCAUCCCCGGGGACCACCUCCCUGAACCUCCACCAGACUUCAUCCCACCCGCCCCCCGCAGUGACACCGUCCUGACCGGAGCGCCCUCAUUCCCUCCUCCUCCCCCUCCACCAGACACCAGACACAGUCAUUUAUAGAGGAUCUAUAUGUAUAGAGGAUCUGUAUAUUACUGCCCACCAUUCAAAAAGCCUUCAUGAUACAUGGGAUGAUGAAGAAGUGGAUGUAUUGUUUACCCAAUUUGAUCUGAGCCCAUCCAAAGUCCAAUGGCCACACCUCAACACAAUCCCCUCAUCAGACCGGGGUAGGGCCCAUCAUAGCCCUGUCUGUAUCUCAUACUGCACCGUCAACUGUCUCCAGUAGUCAGGGUAAACCUUCAGGAUUAUAACAUUUGGAGAGGCUAAUCCGCUGCAUCCCAGAGGAAAGGUUAGUUAAGGAUAGUUAAAUUAUGUCUCUCUAUAAUGGUUGGUUAAGGAGAGUUAAAGUAUGUCUCUCUACAAAGGUUAGUUAUGGUUAUUUAAAGUAUGUCUCUUUCUAUAAAGGUUAGUUUAAGAUAGUCAAGUAUGUCUCUCUCUCUAAAGGUUACUUGUUGAUAGUUUAAGUAUUUCUCUCUCUAUAAAGGUUAGCUAAGGAUAGUUAAAGUAUGUCUCUCUAUAAAGGUUAGUUAUGGAUAUUUAAAGUAUGUCUCUUUCUAUAAAGGUUAGUUUAAGAAGUAUGUCUCUCUCUCUAAAGGUAACUUGUUGAGAGUUAAAGUAUUUCUCUCUCCAUAAAGGUUAGUUAAGGAUAGUUAAAGUAUGUCUAUCUCUAUAAAGGCUAGUUAUGGAUAGUUAAAGUAUGUCUCUCUCUAAAGCGUGGUUAUGGAUAAUUAAAGUAUGUCUCUCUCUAAACUUUCUAAAGGUUAGUUAAAGUAUGUAUCUCUCUAUAAAGGCUGGUUAUGGAUAGUUAAAGUCUGUCUCUCUCUCAUUAUAAAGGGAUGAUAGAUAGUACAGUUGUAUGACCAAUCAAAUGGAUUGAUAAUACCAGCCCCUUGGGUUCCUUCUCCUCCAUGAUGACAAAAGUAACUUUCUGCUCUGAAACAAUAAGCUGAACUAGGUGUCUCUGGAGGGGUUCAACUAAAACACGCCUGGACCUUUAACGGACCCUGAAGUCCCUCCAGCUGGGCUCCUAUCUGGGGUCCAUCUUGUUUCUUCUACCCUUCCUGGGUCCAGGUCACGUAUUGUGUACUACGCUUUAGUUAUGGUAGGGCCUGCUGUUCAGAGCUGGUGUCAUUCAAACGUCCUCCCAUGGUUAACCUCAUUCAUCUGUUCUACACCUAAUUCUGCUGACAUUCAAAAACUGGACUUCUGCAAGUUACAAGCACACAGGACACACCACACAAGACCGCCUGUCUUCACCGUUUUUAAGGGCUGUUUAUUACAAAAGGACUGUACAUAAAUUUCCAUGAACAUACUGUAUGUACAUGAGUGGAGGAAAGACAAGAAAUCUACGCAUUCUGUUCCCAAUAAGAACAAAGUCACAGAUCAGUUUAUUGGUUUUAGUUUUUUCUCUUUUCUCCACGUUUUCGUCAUAAGAAAAGAAACACACGCAAGAGCAGGCGAGCCUGUGACGUCAGCUCACAGGUUAGUGGUAAACAUUACACCGUUCAGCCAGGGGUCAACAUCACCUCUAGGAAACCAAAGAAUAAAUAAACCAUUGACAUACAGCUGCAAGCAGACCUUCCCCAGCAGUGUAGGACUCAAAUAAUAAAGAAAGGAGGAGAAACCAA